GUUGAAUGAAACGGCGUUUGAGACAAUUUUCGUCGUUGCAAUAUUUUUGAAUGAAAUAAACCAAAAUUAUGUGUGCGAAAAUGAUUGGUUUUGGUCGAAAUAUUUUGUUUGAAAAGAUUUAGUAGUAGGAUAAAAUGUGUUGAAUAAUUUUUUUCGAUCAAAACCGAUUAUUUUCCAGCCAGUUGUGCGUUUUGUGAUCCGAUCUAAUAUAUUUACUUUAAAACUAAUUUCAACAGAACGAAUGUGUAACGGAAAUUAUGCAUUAAAUUCAUUCGAAUAAAUCAAUGUGUGGUUGCUGCUCAUGUAUUCUGUGCCGUCCGUCCGAUGGAGAAAAGAAAAAAGAAUAUCAUAACAAUAUAUAGUGUAAGAAAUAUCACGACAUCAUUUUUGUCAGCGAAACACAUCGUUGCAAGACUCAAUAUAACGUUCUAAAGAGUGUAUGACGCGUGAGUGACUGAACGACUGAGCCCAACUUGACUUGUUUGCUCUAUCGAAAUCGUCUCCAGUAUCUAAAACAAUUGACGUUGACCACUGCCAUAUUUUGUCAUUCCGCGUCAUUACGUGCUAUCACUUUUUUUUCCAUCAUCUAAUCAUAGUCAGCUCUGGUGUCGUGUACUUGCUGCUGCGCCACAGAUUGUAUGAUUUGUAUUGACACAAUAUAAUAUAAGAAAUACGAAAAAAAAGGAAAGAAGCAGCAUAAGAAACAGGAAGACGAACAAUCAUUAUAUCAAUUUUGUGAAUGCAAUUUGAGUGAAUUAAAAACGACAGAGAAAAUUCUACAUGUGUGUAAAACGUUUUAAUUCAAUUUUGAAUGAACGUUAAGUGCAAAAAAUAUUCAUAGUGAUUUGCUUUCAUUGAGCUUGAAAAUAGUAUUCUGGAAUCGUUUCAAAGCGCGAUAGAAACGAACAAGAGUUCGCCAAAUCAACUGCCAACCAACGUUCAUCAUUGCACACAGCAUCCAUUAGAAUUGACUGAUACCAGAGACGAUUUUGGUGUGCCUUAAUAAUGAAAACAAUUGUGAAAUUUUGUGCUUUAUCUUUAUCAACGUUAUUAAUUUUUUACUAUGCUGAAGCAAACCCAAUUGCCUCUGGAGGACCCACUGUUGUUACUGAGGGUAAAGAUGCACUGUUAACGUGUGUGAUAAUGGGUUCCUUCUCGAAUGACACAGUCUUAUGGCGUCGUGGAAACAAUGACAUUUUAGCUGCAGGAAAGAACAGAGUUACGACCGAUCGACGUUUCCGUGUUCUUCACGAUGAAACUCCAAAAGGGAAAACGCCUAGUGGAGGUGAUGUAUGGGUUCUCCUAAUUACGGACACAAAGCCAACCGAUUCGGAUUUAUAUGUGUGCGAAGUAAACAUCAAUCCGCCAAUCAAAAGUUUUCAUGCUUUAAAAGUCAAAUCACUAAGUAAAUCUGUCACACCAAAAAAUUCGUCAGUUUCCACAUCUACAACACCAGAAACUGCAAUUGAACCGAGUGAAUAUGUCCAUGAUUUCACCGAUUGCUGUAAAUCAAUGAACGUUUCAAGCAAAUGUUUGGGAUUCUGUACAAUUCACAACAUUAUCGACGGAACAGCUGGUGUUGAGCCCGAUGUAUGCGAAUCAGACUUUCCGCGAAUUGUUAAAUGCAUGGCUGACGGUCGAAACCAUUUGCCGUGCUGUGAAAGAAAAAAAAUUCCCGAUGUUUGUCAGGAUAUGUGCCAAGGUGACUAUACACCAUUCACUGACUAUGUGCGAUCACGUGUUUCCUGCGUGGCACAUACAUUACCGGCGCUGAAGUGUAUUUUGGAAGGUGUACAAAACAUUCCCGGUCCACCAGAGGGAAUUGUCGUCGAACCACUGAAUGAGAAUUCACUGCAAGUAAGCUGGUCACCGCCAACUCGAUUGCCAGACAAAGUAAAAAGCUAUUCUAUAAACUGCACCGUGCUUCAUUCAUUCGAUGACGCGGCUGUACCGAACAUAACUUCAGAAGUUAGUGUUACCGUAUCAGCUGAUCUGGAUUCGGCUGUGAUACACAAUUUGAAACCAUACACAAUGUAUUCAAUAACCAUGACUGCGAACAAUAACUUCGGUUCAAGUUUGCCCAGUGUUCGAGUGCGUUCGUUGACAUUGGAUUCGGGUGUUGAAUCAAAAACUAGUGUUUCGGUUGUUCCGGCAUUGCCGGACAUUCGAGGUUGCUGUGUUCGAAAUGGAAUGACCCAUCGGAAUUGCGUCGAUAAAAUGUGCGAUCCGAAGAAAACGGAUUUCACACAGAUUCCGGACUUGAUGGUGUGCGCACCUUGGGCAAACAUAACAUUUUCAUGUCUAGCAAAUAAAAUCGAUCAUACCCCGUGCUGUAAAUCCAGAGGUAUUCCGGACAGCUGUAUGUCAUUUUGCUCUGGCAAUGUUACAACUAUCACUUUUUCAUUGUUCCGUUGUCUCCAAUACAUGCCAGAAUACUCUAGUUGUUUGUUACAAGGCUAUGGAGUACUGGCUGGUCAACCAACACGUGUUAAGGCAAGACUUAUUUCGUCUCGUUUUGCAAUCGUUGAAUGGAAUGCACCGAAACUUUUGCCGGAAACGGUUACUAGUUAUAAUGUCCAUUUGAGAAAAAUGGACACGGACGAAGCGUUUACUGUAAUUGAAAAAGAUCAUGCACCAAUUAUCAUUGAAGAUCUCGAUGCCAAUACAUUCUACGAGGCCUAUGUUGUUGCAGUUAAUGUCCACGGACGCGGCCCCCCAAGUUCACGUUUAGUAUUUAGAACGAAACCUCAAGUUGAUUUAAGUGAUUCAGAUUCAUCCACAACGUACAAUAUAACAGCAUGCUGUAAGGCUGCCUCCGUAUUACCGCAGUGCAUGCCAUUAUGUACAUAUGACAUCAAAGUGUCCGAUUUGCAAAUGUUAGGACAAGCAUGCUCCUUACAAAUGGGGGCACUCGCAAAAUGUGCAGCUGGCGGUCGUGACCAUACACCAUGCUGUUCCCGCAGAGGCGUUGUAUCAAAAUGUUUAUCACUUUGCCGUGGAUUGAUUCCUCAACCGCCUGUGGAUUGCCUCGCAUAUGGUGGAAAUAUCAUUCAGUGUUUCGAAGAGGGCACGGAAAAUAUUCCAGGUCCUGUUGAAAACUUCCAUGCAACGCUAGUUACCAAAUCGUCAAUUUCCCUCGAGUGGAUACCAAAUGAAGAAGAUACCAAUCAAACAGCAAAUGCUCCGAAGAAAACCAAUGACAUUGACUUUGUCGUACAAUAUGGCAAAGUGAACAAUAUGACUUUAUAUGAGACUGUUGUGAAAAUGGAAAAUGAAGUCAACACGACAGACAACGAUAUUGAACUUACAAAUCUCGAGAGCAAUGCACUCUAUCGGGUUCUUGUUUAUUCUCGCAAUGCCCACGGAACUUCACUUCCUUCAUCGAUGCUUUUAAUCAAUACGACCGAUAACGGUGUGUGUGUAAUGAAAAAUGAAAUCGUGAACAUUUUGAUGAUAAACACAAAAUUGUUUUUUUCAGUUAAAGAAUCAGAUGCUUCAAAUUAUGGUGUACCAUCACCACCUCAUAGUCUGUCGAUUUCUGCACACAGUGCAACAUACGUUACGAUCUCGUGGCAGCCACCCGAAUAUUCCCAUCUUCAUGAAAUAAUUACGUAUCAUGUUUACCACAAGGCAACUGCUGACAAUGAAACUUUUACAACCAUCGAGACACGUUUGACCUAUGCUCGUUUGGUAAAUUUGAAACCAAAUUCACAGCAUGUCAUCUACGUUGUUGCGAUUGGACGAAAAGGGGAAAGUUUGCCAUCAGAAACUCUAGUUGCAUUCACCGAUCCAGCACUGCCGGCAUUUGUUGAUCCCCCGGCAGUUCAACCGGAUAUCGUUGCCGAAGGUGGCUCAAUGACGAUAUUCUGUUUGGCCUUAGGAAAUCCAAUCCCAACCAUUUCACUGUACAUUGGAGGGCAUUUGAUUCGUCAGGAAGUGGGAAGACAUAUGGUUGUGACCAUACAAAAUGUUACUAAGGAUAUGGAACAAAUUUUGUGUUAUGCAACAAAUGGAUACGGCGUACCUACAAAAGCUGGAAAAAGGAUUCGAAUCAGCUUUGCGCCUCAAAUACAGCCUUCUUCAGUUACUAUGGCCUUGCUCGGAGAACGUGUUGAAUUGAAGUGUGUUGUGAAAUCGAAGCCACCGCCAAAGGUCAUCUUCUGGAGAGACCACGAGGGCCACGAGCCAGUUCCACUCGGAAGCAACUAUGAAAUGACAACAGAUGCAAGUUCAGAUGAUCCUAGUUCGUUGACGAUGACUCUUACAAUUCUACGUCUUACCAAUGAAUUUGUUGGCGACUAUUUCUGUCACGCCGAAAAUGAUUUAGGAUCGGACACGAGGGCUGUAUCGAUUCGAAUUCGAAAUAUGCCGGCGGCUCAUAAUGUAUCCGAAUGCUGCAUCGCACAAAAUGUUUCAUCGUCCUGUAUAGAUGCCUGCAGUUUCUACAUUGAUAUUGAUGCUGUUAAGAGUCGCCCGGAAUGUUUGGUCGACUUCGAUAAAUUGAUGAAAUGUGCUGCCGAUGGCUCUGAUCAUCGUUCUUGUUGUGCAAACGAACAUGUUCCCCGAUCUUGUUUGAAUUGGUGUCGCGGCGAACCGAUCAAUUCGGUAAAAUAUGGCGUAUGUGUUUUGGAACAUACAAAAACGAUCAUCGACUGUUUCCAGUCGAACCGCGAUCGUUUACCAAGUCCACCUUUGAAUUUGGCCGUUUUGGUAGUUUCAAAUUCGGAAGUGUUGAUCAAAUGGGAUCCACCAAAGAAAAACGCGCAUGUGGUUGAAGGAUACCGAAUCUAUUGGCAUGAAGUAGAGCCAACAACCGAUCAUAACCCUAUAAACAGUAUAAGUGGCAUUGGAACGUAUCGCGUGGAUACCAAAGACUUGAACAUUCGAAUUGGAGACUUGCGACCGAAUAUAGUUUAUGAGCUCGUUGUCAAAGCCGGCAAUCAAUAUGGGUCGAGUGUGUUGACUGAUCCAAUCAAAUUCCAACUCGGCCAACAGUACAUAACUUCAGCAUCUGGGUCAAGCUCUACCGGUGCUAUGUUGGGCGUUUUCGCCGGCAUCGUAGCCAUCGCGCUGGGAAUCGCGGCAGUGCUACUGUAUAAAAAGCGAAUCACAAUGAAAAAUGUAACAAAUGGCGGCGUUUCAUUCGAGAAUCCAAGCUAUAUGCGAGAAGUUAACAUAGAAAAUGUUCAAAUUUCUUCUCUAUCGGGAGAUACGGCGAUGAAUUGGAGGGCGGAAAAUGCACCUUCGACAACCGGAACGGCGGCAAAUGGUCAUGCUAGUGAUCAAAAUCAAAUGUCGAGAGAUGCAACAGAAGUGAAUCCAUCAAUAUACGAUGAAUUGAAGUUGGGUCAUAAAGGAUCUGGUUUCAAACGAUUGGUUUCUUAAAAUAAUUAUUGUUUCGUUUUUUUUUUAUCGAUUGAACUUUGACACUUUGAUUGUGACGAACUGUGUUUUGUUUUGUCUUAGAGCACAUCAUACAUUGUGUUAUAAUUGAUUGGCAGGAGAAGAGCGCUUUUCCGACGUUUUAUUCAGAUUUUAGUGGGAAAAUAAUCAAAAGAUUUGCCAUUUGCAAUAUAAUUGUGCAACACUCGAACCGAUUAAUAACGGCUUAUUGAAUUAAGAUUUCUUUCCAAAAUUUUCUAGACCAUUUCAAAUAAACCAAUAGAAAUUUAUGGCAGAAAAUGUAAAUAUAUUAUUGAUAAUAAGAAUUUGCAAAAACAAAA